AUGUCAAGGCACCAUGUGUCAGCAAUGACAAAAACCUUCCGAUUUGUAGUUUUCAAGGAAAACUUCCCACCACAUCUCAGCAAGUGGUACAGCUGGGAGCUGUGUUCCAGCCCCCAGUUCAUAGCUGGUGGAGCCACACGCACAGACAUCUGCCAAGGGGCCUUAGGGGACUGUUGGCUCUUGGCUGCUAUUGCCUCUCUCACCCUGAAUGAAGAAAUACUGGCCCGUGUGGUUCCCAAAGACCAGAGCUUCCAGGAUAAAUAUGCAGGAAUUUUCCACUUCCAGUUCUGGCAGUACGGGGAGUGGGUGGACGUUGUGGUGGAUGACAGGCUGCCCACCAAGAAUGGGGAGCUGCUCUUCGUGCACUCAGCGGAGGGCAGCGAGUUCUGGAGCGCGCUGCUGGAGAAGGCCUAUGCCAAGCUGAAUGGCUCGUAUGAGUCUCUCUCUGGUGGCACCACCACUGAAGGCUUUGAGGACUUCACUGGUGGAAUUGCAGAAUGGUAUGAGCUGCAGAAGGCACCACCCAACCUCUUCAAAAUCAUUCAGAAGGCACUUCAGAAAGGGUCUCUCCUUGGCUGCUCCAUCGACAUCACCAGCGCGGCAGAGACAGAGGCAGUCACUUCCCAGAAGCUGGUGAAGGGACACGCGUACUCGGUCACCGGAGCAGAGGAGGUGAACUUCCGAGGAACGCUGCAGAAGCUGAUCAGAAUCCGAAAUCCCUGGGGGGAAGUGGAGUGGACCGGAAAGUGGAACGACAACUGCCCGAACUGGAGUGGCAUUGACCCUGAGGUGCGGGAGCGGCUGACCAGGAGGCAUGAAGAUGGGGAAUUUUGGAUGGCGUUCAACGACUUCUUGAGGCAUUACUCCCGCCUGGAGAUCUGCAACCUGACUCCAGACACCCUGGCAAGUGACAGGUACAAGAAGUGGAGCCUGCUGAAGCUGGAUGGGAACUGGAGGCGAGGAGCCACUGCAGGGGGCUGCAGGAAUUACCCAAACACUUUCUGGACGAAUCCACAGUAUUUAAUCAAGCUGGAGGAAGAAGAUGAGGAUCCUGAUGAUCCUGAGGGGGGCUGCACUUUCCUCAUUGGCCUCAUUCAGAAGCAUCGGCGGAAGCAGAGGAAGAUGGGAGAGGACAUGCACACCAUCGGCUUUGCGAUUUAUGAGGUGCCCCCAGAGUUUUCUGGCCAGACGAAUAUUCAUCUGAGCAAAAACUUUUUCCUGACCAACAAAGCAAGAGAAAAAUCGAACACCUUCAUCAACCUCAGAGAAGUGCGGAACCGGUUCAAGCUCCCUGCAGGAGAAUACAUCAUCGUGCCGUCGACCUUCGAACCCAACAAGAAUGGGGAUUUCUGUCUGCGAGUCUUCUCUGAAAAAAAUGCAAACUCCACGGUUAUAGAUGAUGAAAUUGAGGCCAAUUUUGAAGAGACCGAGAUCAGUGAAGAUGACAUCGAACCCAGCUUUAAGAAGCUUUUUGGACAGCUAGCAGGAAGCGAUGCAGAGAUCUCCGCCUUUGAACUGCGAAACAUCUUGAAUAAAAUCAUGGCUAAACGCCAAGAUAUUAAAUCUGAUGGCUUUAGUAUUGAGACAUGCAAAAUAAUGGUUGACCUGUUAGAUAAUGACGGGAGUGGUAAACUGGGACUGAAGGAAUUCCACACCCUCUGGACAAAGAUUCAGAAAUACCAGAAAAUUUACAGAGAAAUUGAUGUGGAUCGAUCUGGUACCAUGAAUUCAUAUGAGAUGAGGAGAGCGCUGGAAAGAGCAGGGUUCAAAUUGAACUGCCAGUUACAUCAAGUCAUUGUGGCUCGUUUUGCUGAUGAAGACCUCAUCAUUGACUUUGAUAACUUUGUCCGGUGUUUGAUUCGGCUGGAAACGUUGUUCAAAAUGUUUAGAAAACUGGAUACUGAGAAAACUGGAACAAUAGAAUUGAACCUUGUUAAUUGGCUGUGCUUUACUGUCAUUUGAGCCGCUGGCAUCAGCUCAAGCCACCUCAAAAAGAGCAAGACCAGGUGAAGAUAAUCAAGCAAUCAUACAA